UUCCCGCUCGCAGACGGUUCUAAGUUCUUUUAAACUCCGCCGGAUUCAACACCGGCGUCUUAUCUGCGCCGCUGUUUUCGUUCGGCGAUCGGUUCUAGGUCAAAUUGUCUUUCUUUAGUGGGAACACGGGGAGCAGGCCCCGAUAACGCGUUCAAAUUUGCUUUGUAAACUCGCUCGUUUAUCGCUAUCGACGAGUAGCUAGAAACAGUCGGGGGAUCAGGCUUCGCGAGUCGCGAUUGUUCGCUCGUAUCCUUUUAACCGGGGAUCUGAAUUCGUUUUCCACUUGAAAAAACAGCGAGUUUAUGCAUUCAGCUUUAUCAGAAACAUCCUUAGCACAGUUUCGUUGAGUCGUCGGCUGUUCAUUGUUAACAAACAAACGUCACCGCGUCGAUAGCACGUGCUAGAGGGGAGCUCGAUAAAGGCGGGACCAUGCGAGGAAGCCUUAAGAGUGCGUGGCCCCGCGGAAAUCGUUAACGAGCGAGCAAACACCGGGUGACCGUUCGCGAUACCACCUCGGCUUAAUCGCUCGGCGUAAAUGAGGAGAGGUAGCGGCCGUUUCCCGUCCGCGGAAAAUGAACCAGCCGGGUGGUGUACAGGGUGGUCGAACAGUUGGCGACGGUGUACCGUGCUAGGGUGAGCCGACGGGACUCGCUUGGCUGAUAGGGUAGUGGGACGAACGAUCGGCGCCAGUGCUAGUGAAGAUAGGCGGAUCGGUGUUGCUUGAGAUGGACUCGGUGGCGGUGACGGUGCCGCUUCGUCAGCCGACGAAAAAGAUGAAGAAACGGAAGGAGCUCGACGCGCUCGCGCCACCGCACACCGUUUCCCGCCGGAGCUCCGGGAAACGUAGCUCGCAAGAGUUACUAACAGAUAGCAGCGACGAACGAUCGGAAUACUGGAAUGUAUCGACUAGAAAUGGCCGCAAAUGCAGAGGCAGACGAAGUCGAGCUUGCCCCGGAUUUUUUAAAGCUUGUAGUGCCUUUCUGGCUUGUGCCUCUGUAUUAGCAACCGCUAGUUUAAUUUGGCUGUUCAUCGAUGUUCGUCAGCAACUCACUGCACUACGGACCGAGCUGGACCAAGUGAGAGCCGGCAGCGAAGGUGUUCCCGAUGCUCUACAGAAAUGCCAUUCCCUGUCAAGAGACCUCCAGAACAACCAAACCAUUAUCUUCACUCAUUUGUCUGAUUUCAAGCUUCAAAUCAAUAAUUUUACAACACAGUUAGCUGUUAUCCAACGUGACCUACAUCAGGUUGAGGAGUGGUUCAAAGCUGCUCCCGAAUUGGCCAACGUGCCCACAGACUUAAAGGCACUGUCAAGUAGCGUGGUAUCGUUUGGCAGCCAAAUACAGGACCUGAGUGCCACGGUGAAGACUCUGAAAGAGUCCAAUGCGAGGGUGCAAGAUGCCCAAGCCACUAUGCAGCAGAAUAUCACAAGUAUCAAGAAUACAGUAACGGAAUUAUCAAACGUUACCCAGAGACCACAAAUGGUGACCACAAAUGAAACAAAGAUAAAGACUGAUGAGCUGAACGCGGCGAUAGUGCGAUUGUCGAAUAAUUUGAGCCACGUGAAUGAAACAUUGUCGAGAGCGGUGCAGUGGGUCGCUGAGGAUCAGAAGAAGGAUCAUGAAACGUUAGUGUUGCUUCAGGAGACCUCACAGAAUGUCAGUAUGAAAGUAAUAUCUCUGCAGAGAGAGUGUGUGAAGACUUCUGUCUUGACGUCUGUUAAAAAACUGAGUGACCAGGUGGCCGUGAUUCAAGCAGUCAACACGGGUCUCAACGACAGGGUAACUCAGCUAGAACAAUCGCACGUUACUAUGAGAACAUCUAGGAAUGCGUUGCUAGCCGAAGACAGCCUGGACCAGAAACUGAUCAAAGCGAGAAGCUUGAAAGAAUCGGUCGCCGAAAACCCGACGGCCGAGCUCAAUCGCGAUGGGUCAGUUUCUGGUGAGACACCGGCAAAGAAAUCAUCAAGCAAACCAGAACGCUCAAUAAAAACCCCGUAAUGCGUGCUGAUCAUGUGUGAACGAAGUUUCGCUUUGUAUGGUUAAAGUGGUUCCGUUCCCUGGAGCACGAAGGAGUGUGUAUUUGUAAAUACGAAUAAAUUAAGUAUGUUGAAAAUUCCAUGUACAUAGAAAGGUAAAUAUUUAUACCCUUGGAUCAUGUUAUUCUCUGUGCAACCCGAACGAUCGGUCCACUUGGUCGUCCGAAGCGAGUGUUCGUGAUGGAGCAUGACCUAGGGAACGCUGUUUAUAACGAACAAGAACCUGGCACGUCGAUCGGACGUUGUCGAGAUCGAAUACUGUGUAUUUGAAAACCGUGUAUAUCUCGUGUAACGAAUGCGAGUCUGUAGAAUGCAACUACCCGGGUGUUUCAGAUAUACCAUCGAAAAGUACAAAGAGCGUUUACACUUGUCCCUUUAAGAAGACAAAAUUUCGCGUCGUUGCGAAGCCCGCGCGCGGUGUAAUCGCGAGACAUUUUUUCUACUCUUCUACCGUUUGUAGCGCAGUCGUAGGCCAUAAAUUUGCCAAACGUACCCGGUAACAUUAGAGGAGAGAAACCGGAUCUUAGCAAAAACAUUGAAUUGUUAGAAUCUGUUUUCAUUUUCGAUUAGUUUGAUUUUCACAGGACAACGUGGAAAAUCUCAAAUGAUGUAUUCUGUACCAUUCUGUAAUUUCUGUUCUCUUUCUUUUGUAACUGAAACACAACGACGAUAUACAUCCUGAUUUUCAUUGUCUCUUGUACAACAUGAUCCAUCUUAAUGUACAAAUCGAUGUACCUUGAAAACUGCAUAGAAUUGGAAGCAUUGAAUUUGAAAUUUUCGACUUUCAUGUUUGAUUGAUUUUAGUGUAUGGCAGCUGUUUGCCAUAUACCUUAUAGUCUCUUCGGAUCAAUGUAUUUUUCGAGGUACACCCAUUUAUGGAACGAUGGUGGGUGCUGCAUUAUUGAAUUCAUGUCUACUAUAUUCCGUAAACAGGCCCUUAAUUAGCGCCAUUAUAAUUUAGAUGCGCCCUAAUAUUGGUUGCAUUAUAUAAGUGAAGAAUGCACGUUGAUUUCUCUGUCUUCUGCUUGAAUAUGUUAUAUAAUGGUUACGCGUGUACUCGUCCAGUGAAUUGUAGCUAUUUGCGAAUAUAUUUAAACAAACGUAAAUACGUCCAUUCUAGCGAGAAAUAAAAGAUUGUAUUUACAGGGAGAAACAAGAACGAUUACGGUUAUUAAAUGAAGGGCUGCGAGGGGAAUAUCACACGAAAUUAUAUGAAUUUAUAAAUGGGGAUUGUCGGGGAGUGCGAAAUAAAAGAAACGACACUGUCGAUGUGUGAAUAAA